AUGGGUGGUCAAAGCAGAGAAGGCGGUAAAGUCAAGCCACUGAAGGCCCCCAAGAAGGAGAAGAAGGACAUGGAUGAAGAGGACGUUGCAUUCAAGGCCAAGCAAGCCGCAGAUGCAAAGGCCCGGAAAGAAAUGGCCGACAAGGCAAAGGGAAAAGGGCCGCUGAACGCCGGCCAGCAAGGAAUCAAGAAGAGUGGGAAGAAAUAG